AUGCACUUGUGGGUUUUACUUGUCUUUACCCCAAAUGUUAUCGGAAUAAGCCGUAUUUCAACGCCUGGUUUAAAAGCUGUUAACUUUGCUAAGGCAAAAGAAGGAAGGAGGUUAAAAGGAAGUGUUAUACAAGCAACAGAGGUGGAAUCUGAAGGCGCGUGCAGGCUUCAAUGUGUCAAUGAAGAGCGAUGCCGUUCUUACAACUUUGGAAUUACCAUUAACGAAGGUGGGGGCUCCUUGUGCCAACUGAGUGAUUCCGAUAGAUUUGCUGAGGCAAGUAACUUUACAGAAGAUGGCAACUUCAAGUACAGAGGGAUACAGGUAGUAUCUCUUCUAUCAACACCGGUAAUGGUAAUUGUUACACCAUCUUACCUAAAUUGAGCGCACAUGGUUUGUUUUUAAAUCUGUGGUCCUAGGUUAAGGAUCACAAUUAUGACGCAGAAUACCUUAAGUAACGGUACAAAAUCAUGUCCUCUCAAGAAUGAGUGUUUUAAUGAUUAUGAGUAGGAUACAAAUCAAGAUGUUAAGAAAAACUUUGCAACACAUUUAACUUUUAUAACUUUUAAUUAAAAAAACCUCGAAAACAAUUGAAAAUGAAGCGAUUUAAGCUAAAAUAACUAAACGAUAGUUCUAUAGUUUGGUCUAACGCAAUUCUCUGCGAGUCUGAACUGUACACCAAUUUGUGCACUGCAAUUUAUGUCGAAAAUCAGUUAACUUCAACGGAGAAAGCUGAGAACGUUUUUAAGUGUUACACCUGCACGAAAGACGACUUGUUUGCAUUAUCAAUAAUGCAAGACGUUUUACUGAACUCAAGCAGUUAGCUUUUCUAAGAAAAGUUUCAAGAAUAACGAAAUUAGCUUUGCCUUUACCCAAUUCAAUUAAAAAUUUCAUUCUAAAUAAAUUAACACUUAAAAGUUGGUUUUAAGUUGUUGCAGUUGUUGUUUUUGUUGUUUUGACCCUUGGUUUUCGACCACGUGAAAAAAAUCACCAUCGUGUUGGUGGCAAUGUUCCUUCUCAGUCAAAUGAAUGAUAAGAUUUGAAACGUGCGCGAAGAAUAGCCUCAACGGUUCCAGAAUCGUUUGCAAUGACCUUUGUUGUAUUCUCUGCAGAGUGUGUGCGAGUCCAGCAACUUAAACCCUUGCGGCGACAAAGGUAUCUGUAUCCCAGAUUACUUCAAAGAAAGCUUUAGAUGUAAAUGUGACGAUGGUUAUGAGGGAAUACCGUGCGGUAAGUGUCAAAAGAAACGCUACCUCGGCUGGGUGUUUCUUUUUUAUGGUAUGUUAUCCUUUCUAAAUUUGUAGCUUAAAGGAUUUCGUAGUUAUUUUAUAGCAAAUAAAAACUUUGUUUGUCGGGUAAGAACGUUCAGUAAUAAUUCAUUGCAAAAGAAUUUAUUAAUGAAUCCAAAAAGAGCACAAGCCAGUGUCUAGAUUUCUAUGUGGCCUAGUGACCCUAAACAAGGAUUAGAAAAGUCGGUUUGAAAUGUAUCUUUAACUCCCAAAUUAACUUAUAGACUCAGAACUUAAACCCAAAGGGGUUAUUUAAACUUAAAUCUCUCAUUCAGUGACAAUGAAAGACUGCUCAAAACUUGGUGAGACCGGUUUUUCAUCGAGUGGCGUAUACUACAUCAUUCCAGAUGGAGGCAGCCCUAUGCAAAUGUUCUGUCAUCUGAUUACGAACGGUGGUGGUUGGACAGUCUUUCAAAAACGGUUAGAUGGUUCCGUUGAUUUUUUUCGCAACUGGGAAUCAUACAAAAAUGGGUUUGGAGAUCUAAAUGAGGAGUUCUAG